GCGUAUUAUAAAUAUAUACGAGUAUGCAAUUCUCAAUGAAGAUCCAGGCUGAUUAUGUUGAAUCUACGCAUACCGCCUUCUACAAGUUACGCGUGCAGAAUUCACACUGUCCAGACAGGGUGUCUUUGAAAGGGGGCCAAUAUUGCCCGCCUAGGCCUAGUCAUGUGCAGCUUUUGGGCCUGUUCGGGUAUUUUUGUUGAGGGGCGCGCUGCAUGCAUAAGAGCCAAAGAGCAUUCGACGAAUGCGCUGCGUUCCUUUUGCCUGUGUUGUGUGUAUAAAGACGAGAGAGAAGAGUGUGUACAGUACAUACAGUCGAGGGCAAGAUUGGGCCGAGACGAGUUUCAUUCGCAGCCAUUGAAACACACCGGACGCCAUUUAAAGCAGCCCGACGCCCCUCCCAUCCUUCUCGUGAUUGCUAUUGACGAUAUUUCUCUCUGCAUUCGACUCUCUCAUUCUCUCACUCUCUCCUUUGCAUCGGUUCGGUCGGGUUCUGCCGAAACGGCCAUCUCCGCUUGUCCCCAGCAAAACAGCUGCAAUCCAUCUGCAGCAACCCGGAAUCUAGCCGCCCCCCUGGUUUGCAGGCUGUGUAUGUCAGGUACCUUUUGAGCUGUAGUGCAAACGCACAGCCAACAGCAACAAGAAGCAACAUCCUUUGAUCACCGGCACAAAAGAAGAGGUAUGUAAAUCAAGAGAAAAAAGAAGAAGAAAGAGAGUGAACAGAAAGAAAAGACAAGACAUGAACAAGUCCCACA